AUGGUCAUCACUGAUAGAAACACUGGCACCCCUGUACCUAAAAAGGAGCCCCAGAAGAAGACGAGGAGGAAGUCUCGCCCUCAUGGCCUGCCCUCCCCGGCGCUCUGCUGUGCCUGUGGCCUCUGCAUCAUGCUGGCCGGACUCAACAUCACCCUCGUGGGAGCGUUCGCCUUCAGCACACUGGUGCCUUCCGCCAAUCCUCCGAUCAUCAUCGGACCUAUCCUUCUGCUGGUGGCCUUCUCCUUUUUCGGGGCCUGUUGCGUGUGCAGCCGCCUCCCCCCUCCCCACAGCUCACGGAGGUCUAAGGUGGGCGGCAGGGGUGCGGGGCUGAUGGGACACGGCGGGCUGGCCGGUGGGGCAGCGUUUGAAAUAGAAAUCAGCGAGCACACGCUGCAGGAUACCACAGCUGUGCAGCUCAGCCCCACAUCGUCCCCUGGUUCAUCUCGUGCAUCCAGCCCAGACAAGGAGGCCCCUGACGUGGCCCUACCAGGACCCUGCAAGCUCUUCACCAUGGAGACCAACGGCCCUGCUUCUGUUUCCGCCACCGCAGUCUACUCAGCCUCCACAGCAGCAGGAGGGGAGGUGAGGCUCAACCUGCCACGUGAAGAAGUGGUCGCCUAG